AGAAACAGCACGCGCGCCCGGGCGCCGACGCCACUGGCAAGUCCGGCCUUGCAAGCCACACAAGUGCCACUCAAAGACGCGAGCGCGAGCGAGGCGAAGGCUUCCACGCACAAACCCGUCGCCCCUUCCGCCCUCGUUUGGCCGCCGGACGAGGAACGGAGUGCCGGGAACCUCGCCGGAGCCGGAGGAGAAGGAGGCGAUGGCCGGGGACAGGGCGUUGCCGGCGCCGGCGGCGCUCGUUCGCCUCGCCUCGGUGGGCUUCCUCCUGAUGCUGUGCUCCUCCCCCGCCGCCGUGGGGGUGGUGUCGGCCCGGAAGGUUGGCCAGACGUGCGCGCUGGACCGGAACUGCGCCGCCGGCCUGCACUGCGAGACGUGCGUGGCCAACGGCAACGUGCGGCCGCGCUGCACCCGCGUCGCCCCCGUCGACCCGCAGACCAAGGCUCGUGACCUGCCGUUCAACCGGUACGCGUGGCUGACGACGCACAACUCGUUCGCGCGGCUGGGGCAGCGGUCGCAGACGGGCGUCGCCAUCGCCACGCCGUGGAGCCAGCAGGACACCGUCACCGAGCAGCUCAACAACGGCGUGAGGGGCCUGAUGCUGGACAUGUACGACUUCCGCAACGACAUCUGGCUCUGCCACUCCUACGGCGGCAUCUGCCAGAACUUCACCGCAUUCCAACCGGCGGUGAACGUGCUCCGGGAGGUGGAGCGCUUCCUGUCCCGGAACCGUGCCGAGGUGGUGACCAUCUUCGUGGAGGACUACGUGGAGUCGCCCAUGGGCCUCACCCGGGUGCUCAACGCCUCGGGGCUCGCCCGCUACAUGCUCCCCGUCUGGCGCAUGCCCAAGACCGGCGGCGACUGGCCGCUGCUCAGCGACAUGGUCCGCGACGACCACCGCCUUCUCGUCUUCACCUCCAAGGCCGCCAAGGAGGCCGCCGAGGGCAUCGCCUACGAGUGGCGCUACGUCGUCGAGAACCAGUACGGGACCAAGGGGAUGGUGAGGGGGACGUGCCACAACCGCGCCGAGUCGGCCGCCAUGAACGACCUCUCGAGGUCGCUGGUGCUCGUCAACUACUUCAGGGACCUCCCAGCCUUCCCCGAGGCGUGCAAGGACAACUCGGCGCCGCUGAUGGACGCGCUGGCCGCCUGCCACGCCAAGUCCGGGGACCGGUGGGCCAACUACAUCGCCGUCGACUUCUACAAGAGGAGCGACCGCGGCGGCGCGGCGGAGGCCACGGACAAGGCCAACGGCGGCCUGGUCUGCGGCUGCGGGAGCAUCUCGGCUUGCAACGCCAACGGCACGUGCACUCCCCGUCACGGCAGGACGCCAAAAGGCAUCUUCAACGCCUCGUCCGACGCCGCGGCGUGGCGGCCGCCGUCGUCGCUGCAGUGGCAGCGGCUCGUCCUGCUGCCGGCUCUCCUCGCUGUCCUGCGCCUGUGAAUUCGCUACAUGUUUUGCUGUACAGAUACAGAUACUUUGGUAGUAUCAGCCGGCGAGCAGCUUAGUCCACUUUCCUCUCUGUAUGAUACAUGAUACAAUUGCAUAUACAAAGCUAAACAACACAAAAAGCGUAAACGUGUCA